AUGUCUGGGGACGAUUCGCUUCCAUGGUACUAUAAGCCCCCGUCCACCAGCGACUUCAAUGCCACCCUGGAUGCUACGAUUCUGAUCACUCUCUAUAAGUCUGUUGUGUCAUCUGUUGUACCAUCAUUACUGCUGGAAAGCUUCACGAUAGGCGCUUUGUUCGCAUGCGUUCCCAUUGCGUCGUAUCUAUUAUGGAUUAAGUCGCCAUCGUUCUCGCGCGUGCCUUACAUCUCCACCCUCUGGAUAUUCAUGACAUUGAUUACUGUGCGCUGGGCACUCUCGCUAAAGCAGCUCGAAUCUACUCUCGCUGGCCGACCACUUGGAAUCUCCUUGACUCUGGAAGCCCUGCUCGAAUGGAGAGUUACCUCUGCUUGGGUUAUUUCUGGAGAAGAUACGCUCAUAGAAUCUUAUGCAUCGUAUGGAGAAGCAUGGCAAUACUUGCUAAUCCUCUUGACGGAGACUGUGCUUUUUGGCGUCUCUACCUCCCUGUUCGUAGUUGUGGCCUACACCACUUUCCGGCCUAUCAACCCAGUCUCCACCAGGAGAUCGUGCAUUGUGCUCGUCGUCCCCAUCAUGGCAUCGUGCAUGUAUUGCCUCUCGCUAGGGCACUGGAUCAUCAUGCUCGAGUCCUUCAACCUGAGGGCAGCGGAGGCCGCUCCAGAUACUAGACUCUUCUCACCGUCAACACCGCCGUUCAAUCCGGUUUACCUCAACAUCGCCCUUUCGGCAGCAUUUUCAUUGAAUGCAGUUCUGAGCGACACCAUAGUACUUUGGCGCUUGUGUGCCGUGUGGGAGAAAAGACGUCCCGUCAUAGCAUUUGGCCUCACGUUAUCUGUCGUGAUUCUGGGGCUGAAUGUAGCAAACGUGGGCAUAAACGCACAUGAACAAAUCGACUUCGACACUGUGAAAGCUGUCAAUGGAAACUCGAGUGACUCAGAGUUCAUUGCGACGUAUGGGUCGACCGCGAUCGGUCUUGCAGCGGCUUUCAUAUCCUUAGGCAGCAAUCUUUGCGCCACAAUCCUCGUCGGAGUCAAGGCUGGGAUACACAGAAGACGGUUCAGGUAUUUCGAGAACGCGCCUCGCACACGGACACAACGCUUCAUGGAGCUCCUCGUAGAGUCCGGAGCAAUCUAUUCUCUUAUAUGGAUCUUGUAUUGUGUUAGCUUCUAUCAGAGAAUUACAGUACAAGGCACUCUGGCCGGUUCUCAAACAGAUACCAGCGACGCCCUGUUCGUCACCGCCGAGAGCCAUCUCGACGCAGCUAUGGCACAGAUUACUUCUAUCUAUCCACUCAUGAUCUUCAUUCUGGUCGCACUCAACAAGAUUCAUCACGAUCGCGGCCCGGAAUCCUUACGCCACAUAAAGACACCUCAGCUAUGGGCUCAGGAAAUUGAUCGUGUCGACCCAGAAACUUCGGAGAUGGAUGCCUCGCAGAUUAGAGAGAGUUCGGAGAUGGACGAAGCGAAGCUCACUGCUCAGUCUGCAAUAUCUCUGGACCCCCUGCAAUCUUUUUGA